AUGCGAGCUGUGCAAAGUGAAAAAAUUGUAAAACUGCUCGGCAUAACCUGUGAAAGCGUGCAACCGAAGUGGUCUACUUUUAGGAAAUGUCUUCUAAAGCCAUUGAAAGAUGAUGCGGCCGAAGUGAGCGUUGAAGUGGUGCUUAUCGUAAAACCAAUCAAUAACGCAACGAUUGUGGCGACAUUAGUGAAACGUGGUUAUGAAGAUCGUCGACCUUUGGUCGAUUACAAAAUCGAUUGUUGUGCCUUCUUUAGAAAGAAACGUCGUAGUUUUUUAGACAACUUCGCCUAUAAAAUUUUGGGAUUCGAUAAAUACAGUAAUAUGAAUCAUUCAUGCCCUUUUGAUCACGACUUAAUCGUGGAUCGCUAUCCAUUUAGUGGCCGUGGCCUGGGUAAAGCAACUCCGUUUGGUAAUGGUGAAUUUGCUUUAACAACACAAUGGUAUUCUUAUAAUGUAUUGAGAGCUAUUGUUGUAAUACGAAUGCUUGUCUUUGACAAAUAAGUCAGAAAUUUAAAGAAAAGAAAACAAA